GAAGCCUGUUAAAUCCUGAUAUCUGCUGCGCAGAAAUGCAUCGGUGUUGAGCCGCAGAGUGAGAUGAGCGGAUCUUUCUCUCUCGAGCUGCCAGGCAGAAUGUUCUCGUCAGUACAGCCAUAUGAAAACCAGCGAUAUGCGGCCCUGAAGAAGGACUGCCAGCGGAGGAAAGUUCUCUUCGAGGAUCCUCUGUUCCCAGCCAACAAUGACUCCCUCUUUUACAAGUCACAGAUUCAGGGUAUCGAGUGGAAACGUCCAAAGGAUAUCUGUGAUGACCCCCACCUUUUCGUAGAUGGCAUCAGUUCCCAUGACUUACAUCAGGGCCAGGUGGGGAACUGCUGGUUUGUGGCGGCCUGCUCGUCACUGGCCUCCAGGGAAUCCUUGUGGCAGAAGGUCAUCCCAGACUGGAAAGAGCAGGAAUGGUCCGCCGAGAAGCCGGAGAACUAUGCCGGGAUUUUCCAUUUCCAGUUCUGGCGGUUUGGCACUUGGGUGGACGUGGUGAUUGAUGACCGCCUGCCCACACUCCACAACCAACUCAUCUAUUGCCACUCCAACUCCAAGAAUGAAUUAUGGUGUGCACUGGUAGAGAAGGCCUAUGCCAAACUGUCUGGAUGUUAUGAAGCCCUUGAUGGAGGCAACACGGCGGAUGCCUUAGUAGACUUCACCGGCGGCGUCUCGGAGCCCAUUGACCUGCUAGAAGGCGACUACGUGAACGACGAAGCCAAGCGGAACCUCCUCUUCGAACGGGUGCUCAAAGUCCACAAUCGGGGAGGCCUCAUCAGCUGCUCCAUCAAAGCAACCACAGCGGCUGACAUGGAAGCCCGCCUGGAUUGCGGCCUAGUCAAAGGUCACGCCUACGCAGUCACCGAUGUGAGGAAAGUCCGCCUCGGCCAUGGCCUCCUGGCCUUCUUCAAGUCUGAAAAGCUGGACAUGAUCCGGUUGCGGAAUCCCUGGGGGGAGAGAGAGUGGAACGGUCCCUGGAGCGACACUUCUGAAGAAUGGCAGAAGGUCAGCAACGGCGAGCGAGAGAAACUGGGAAUGACCGUGCAGGAUGAUGGAGAAUUUUGGAUGAUAUUUGAAGACUUCUGCAAGUACUUUACAGACAUCAUAAAAUGCCGUCUUAUAAACACGUCGUACCUGAGUAUCCAUAAGACCUGGGAGGAAGUGGUCUUGCGAGGGGCCUGGGCGAGACACGAGGACCCCUUGAAGAACCGUUGUGGGGGCUGCGUCAAUCACAGAGACACUUUCCUGCAAAACCCCCAGUAUGUUUUUGAUGUGAAGAAAACAGAGGACGAAGUGCUUAUUAGCAUCCAACAGAAGCCAAAACGGACCAGUCGGAAGGAGGGCAAAGGGGAAAACUUAGCUAUAGGAUUUGACAUCUUUAAGGUCGAGUUGAAUCGGAUCUUCCGGAUGCACACCCUGCAGCAGAAAGUAGCCAGUUCCAUCUACAUCAACUCCCGCAGCGUCUUCCUGCGGACGGACCUGAAAGAAGGCCGCUACAUCAUUAUCCCCACCACCUUCGACCCCGGCCACGUGGGCGAGUUCCUUCUCAGGGUGUUCACAGAUGUGCCUUCCGAUUGCCAAGAGUUGACCCUGGAUGAGCCCCCGCACACCUGCUGGAGCGGAAUGUGCGGCUACCCUCAGUUAGUGUCGCAAGUCCACGUUGUCUCGGCAAGCGGCCUAAAGAACCAGAGUUCCCAAGACGGACUGGAUUCCUACGUGAUUAUUAAGUGCGAAGGAGAGAAAGUCCGUUCGCCGGUGAUAAAGAACAGCCAGACACCUCAAUUUGACGUGAAGGGCCUUUUCUAUCGCAGGAAGCCAGGCCAGCCCAUCCUCAUACAGGUCUGGAACCAUAACCUUAUCAGUGAUGAGUUCUUGGGCCAAGUCUCUCUUCCGGGUGACCCUAACGACCUCCAGUCCGUGCAUAUCCUUGGUCUCCAGGACAAGGGAAAUAAACGAUCCGGUGAACUCCCAGGUUCUCUGAAGGUGCAGCUGCUGACUAGCAGCACCCUAACCAACGUCUGAAUUACUCAAGGACUUUUCCUCUUGUGCCAUAUAUAAAUGUAUAUAAUCUUACAAGAUGCAGUAUAUACAUAUAUAUGCCUGCAGAUGUAUACGGACUGUGCAUGCAUUCACUUUGAAAAGGAGGACCGGCUCUUUUGUUUUCAAGGAUUUUUUUUGGUUUUUAGUUUUUAUAAAAAGGUGCCUUUUCCAGAAGCCAAAACAUUUUUUGUUGACUGCAUUCAAGGCAUGAUUUAUGUCACUAGUGGCGGGUAGCAAGGUGGCACAGGGAGGCCUCGAACCAAUUUUGCUCCUUUGGGGAGAGGGGGGUUGCAGCCUCAGGAUUGCACCACGAGGCCGUAUGUUUACACAGAGAGAAGCAUCUCUCUCAUGCGCACACGUAUGGGUUUGGAGUAUUAUCCCAUCCCAGAAAAAUGCAUUGCCAAAUUCUCCGAAGGGCUUGUUCUUAACUGGUAUAUCCUCCAUCUAUGUUGUUAGCAUUGAGGCUAGAAGAUGUGUCCAACAGCCCUCUGCAUUUCCUCGGACAGGUUAUUUGAUCCCCAAGUUGGGAAUGAGAUACGUGAGAAUAUUCCUUGCCCACCAGAGCCCUGGGGGAAGUGGCAGAAGUUUACUGCAUGGAUGCUCCUUAACCACCCAAUGAUUUGGCUUGGACUGCUGAAUCUUUUAACCAAUUGGGCAGUGCCUAUGUGCGUGUUAUGACUGCAGCGGGGGGAAAGCACAGAACGUUGUACUGGGUGCAUAGAUAAUGUCAUGUCCAUUUCAUGUCAAAUAAUUUCAUGUAAAAUCAUUCCAUGUCAAGUGUACUGCACCCAGUACACUUAUUAUUUUUUUUUAAAAAGAAGAGGUUUCUAGUCCUUAUGAUUGGGGCGAUGUGCUUGCCAGUGGGUGAGCAAUGCCUGCUGAAAUCGCAGAAUCCGGAGAGAUGGCAGAAGGAAGUUGUUUCCAAGGUGGGUGAAACUCAGGGUCCCACAAAGCACCUUCCCAGUUGUGCAAACUAAGAGAGGUUAAGCAGAUUGACACCUACAAUUGCAACAGGCCGUGGAAUUCAGCCGGUUUAGGUGCAUAAAUUCAGUUGCCCAAUGUUGCCUUUUUUAUUAAUGGCACAGGUAUAAAUAGUAUUAUUCCAUACUACAGUGGUAAAGUGUUGGAAAGAAGUCAGUCUGGCCUAGGAAGGGUCAAGAAGAAAUAGGAGAAGACUUAGCUGUUCCCCAGCUUUUCCUUCCAAUCGAUCUGGACUGCUUUGGCCUGCACUGUUAUAUACAGCAUUUUGCUCCAGCCCUCAAGAUGUGGACCAAUCAAGUCUUCAUGGGGCGGAGCUGUACUCCUCUGCCAUUAACUCUUUGAGGGUGAUGUCAAAUUCUAUCACGGAGAGAGCUAUUUCCACUACUUACUAUAAAACAAGAGCUGCUAUUUGGGGAGGGCCAAAGAUUGUGGUUGCGAGUGUUAGCACACCCUUUCUAGGCAAGAAAGCAAAAAGAAGCCUGUAUGUUUUCUGAGCAUGGCAUCUUGAAACCAUCUGGAAAAUGACCUAAAGGAGUUGGAAUGCCAUUGUCUGUACUAAAACCAGACAAAUCAAAUGUUUCAAGAUUCUGGGCAGGUGUUUUUCGUAAGAGGAAGGACCCAUACAUUUGUGUCGCUCCGGUCUGCUGAGGGAGUGAACCCCUUAGGCUACAAUUAAGUUUACGUGACAUAAAGUGAAGUCCUGCUGAACUCGAUGGAACUCACCUCUAAGUUCACAUGUUUAAAUUUGGGCCGCCUGUUAGUCCACGUGCCAAGCUGCGGUUCUUUUGUCAAACGAUGGACCGAAGUGUUGGGUCUGUCCUCAUCUAGUAGCAAGACAGUCUCCUGGGCUGGAUCAAAGCCCUGCACAUCUACAAAGCUGACCGCAUGUGAACUGGAGAAAGCCACAGCCUAACCUACUUUACAGGAACGUCGUGAGGGCGGUUCGGUCCCGGCUGUGUAUUUGAGCAUCUGCUCGACAUCAAGAGGUUCCCAGGUUCAGUCGCCGUCUUCUCCACUUAAAAAUGAUCAGGCAGUACAUGAUGUGAAAGACGUCAACCUCAGGCCCCGGAGAGCUGCUGCUAGUCUGAGCGGACAAUUCUGAAUGUGAUAGGCUAAUUGUCUGACUCAGUAUAUGGCAGCUUCUUGCAGACAUAAGGGCUAGAAACUUGCUUGUUUAAGAAAAAUCAAAAGAUUAGAUUCUCAAGAUGCUGAAUUUGGAACCCACUCUUAUGUUUCUGCUCCCAUGGAAUCACACCUUAUAUUAUUAGAAUGGGUGGGGGAUUUACUGUGCAAUCCUAAACUGAGCUAUACACUUCUAAACCCAUAGACUUAGAAGGGCAUAACUUGGUUUCGGAUUGCACUGUGAACCAUGUUUUUGGCAACAUUUUCUGUCUCAGCUGAUGUCUUUCUUGCGAUGGAGAAGGGACUCUAUUUGUAGACUCUGUGAGGGCCCAGAGAAGAAGCCAAACCAAAUCAAACAGGGUAGGACAGAGAAUGUUCGGCAACAGGUCUGCUAACAAAGGAUCCAGAGGAGUUAGCCGUGAGUCUGUAGUAGCAAAAUCAAAAAGAGUC